GUUUAUUACUGAAAACAGCACGGUUGCCUGAAUUGACGUGCAUGCCUAAUACUUAGUUUAGGUACAAUUCAUACUUCCUUCUCCGUCAUUGGCGGGGCAAAAAUCUCUCUCACCCCGCUAAAGCUGCAACACUUCUUUGACUUUGCCGCAACACCGCGACGCUACAACGCAAUAACCAAAGUCUGAUAUUAGGUUUUAGGCACAGGGCACAGCCUUACCGGUGAGUCAAGACGUCAAUACUAGACGUUUGACUUGCUAUUUAUUUUGUCCUUCAUUGCCAAUAUCCACAAUAACGUGAAAUUUCACGGUCGCACAACUACGAAUUGCUAGCCCUCAAAUUCCUGACAUCUGACGUCCAAUUUUCUUCCUCGAUACAACCCGUCGAUUUCGAACCUUUUCCCAUAAAUAUUAUCGACGAUACAUAGGAACUUAUAUAGUAAUUGGAACCAUGGCCGAUCUCAACUCUUGGGAGGACGAUCCUGCUGCCCAGGACGACAAUUUGUCGAGGCAGGCUCAGCAGCUGAACCUCAAUAACCAACCUCAGAACCCCGCCGCCGCAUCAUUCCGACCUGGCGCUGCGUCCUUUCAACCUACUGCCCAGUCUUUCCAACCAGGCCAAGGUUAUGGUGGUGGCUAUGCUCCCAACUAUCAGCAAGGUUACUAUGGCGGUGGCCAGAAUUACUACCCUCAAUAUGGUGGACCUCAAGCCGGCUACGGUCAAUACGGCCAGGGAUAUGGUAACGUCUACGGACAAGGUGGAUAUAACCAAGGAUACGGGCAACAACAGCAACAGCAACACCAGCAAUAUGCUCAAUAUCAGCAGCCUCAAUCCCAACAGAAAUCUCAGCAACAAGCCCAGCAACCCCAAGCUGUGCCUACCAUUGCUAAGCGAGGCGACCAAGGCGCAUCUACUACUACUGCUACGCCCACCUCUACUACUUCCGACGCACCUAAGCCAGUAGCUAAGCAAGAAGGAGGAACUAAAGUCUUGAGCAUAGGUGGAGACCCUCCGAAGCCUAAGGCCGCUAAGGUCCUGUCGAUCGGUGUUCCCGCACCGCCAAAAGACGAGCCCAAGUCCGAGAAAGCCGACAAGGAAGCAUCUGCCGACGCCGGUUCUAAAUUAACAGCAACCAAAGCCAUUGAGAAGACUGGCGAGCCUACCAAGUCGCCCAAGACUGCAAGUGGCAAGACAUCACCAACGCCCUCAUCCGGGCGCUCGAGCCCUUCCAGGGCAAGCAAAGCAGCUGCCCGCGACGCCGACGCCGUCGCCAACGAACAGGCCGCUGACGUCGAUGAAGAGACCCUGAAGGAAAUCUACGGAAAGGAACAUAUCAAUAUCAUCUUCAUUGGUCACGUUGAUGCUGGCAAGUCGACCCUCGGUGGUUCUAUUCUAUACGCGACUGGUAUGGUCGAUGAACGUACGAUGGAUAAAUACAAGCGUGAAGCGAAAGACCUGGGCCGAGAAACAUGGUACCUAUCCUGGGCUCUUGAUUUGACCAAAGAAGAACGAUCGAAGGGAAAGACAGUCGAAGUCGGUAGAGGGUUCUUCGAAACUGAGAAGCGGCGAUAUAGCAUUCUAGAUGCCCCCGGCCACAAGACUUAUGUCCCGAGCAUGAUCGGAGGUGCUUCCCAGGCAGAUAUCGGCAUCCUCGUUAUCAGUGCGCGCAAGGGAGAGUACGAAACCGGUUUUGAGAAAGGUGGGCAGACCCGCGAGCAUGCCAUGCUUGCCAAGACCCAAGGUGUCAAUAAACUCGUCGUUGUUAUUAACAAGAUGGACGAUCCUACCGUCAACUGGUCCGAAGAGAGAUACAAGGAAUGUACUACCAAACUAGCACAGUUCCUUAAGGGCACUGGAUACAACCUAAAAACUGACGUCUUCUUCAUGCCCAUCGCCGCCCAACAAACGAUGGGUAUCAAAGAUCGUAUCCCGCCAGGGGUUUGCCCUUGGUACGAUGGACCUUCCCUGUUAGAAUAUCUCGAUAACAUGCAAGCCCUUGAACGCAAGACCAACGCGCCGUUCAUGAUGGCAAUUAGCGGAAAGUAUAAGGAUAUGGGUACCAUGGUUGAAGGCAAGAUUGAAGCCGGUGUUUGCAAGAAGGGUAUGAGCUUGAUCAUGAUGCCGAAUAAAGAGAAGGUCGAAAUUGCGGCUCUCUAUGGUGAGACAGAAGAUGAGAUACAGAUUGCUCAAUGCGGUGACCAAGUCCGAAUACGCCUUCGAGGUAUUGAAGAAGAUGACAUCUCAGCCGGUUUCGUGCUCUGCUCGCCGAAACGUCUCGUUCAUAACGUAUCGGCUUUCGAGGCCCAGAUCAGAAUUCUCGAACUGAAGAGCAUUCUCAGUGCCGGCUUCAACUGUGUCCUACACGUUCAUUCCGCAGUCGAAGAAGUAACUUUUGCCGCAUUAUUGCACAAGCUACAGAAGGGAACAGGCAGGAAGAGCAAGGUACCGCCGACGCAUGCGAAGAGGGGUGACAGCAUAAUCGCCAGGAUGCAAGUUACGGGUGGCGCCGGUUCGGUCUGCGUCGAAAGAUUUGAGGAUUACCCGCAAAUGGGCCGCUUCACCUUGAGAGACCAAGGUCAAACUAUUGCUAUCGGCAAAAUCACCAAGCUUAUCACGGAUGAUUCCGCUUAGAGAUCGAGAAACCAGAGUGAUGAAGCCUAAGGACGAUAGCUACGGCUUGAUAUAGUCGCCACAAGAUUAGAAGAAGGAAGGGAAGGCUUCAUUUGAUGGAAGACCCCGAAGGGGCUUGUGGGCAAUGCCACCCGUUCAUAAUGAAUUGUUUAUAACUCAUUACAUGGGCAUGAAGCGGCGGAAAUAGACCUACAUAUACUCAAUAAAAGCCACUCCCUCCGAAGCAAAAUAUUAAUUGUCAUUUCUUUAAGCUUAAUAGAGUGAUGAAAAAUCGGAAGGAAUUUUGAAAUUCCUUCUUAUGGACCGGUUAUUCUGGGGUUUUGGCGGGACAAUCCCUUACUCUACCCGGUUAAGACGUACGCUUUCUACAUAUAUCUCUUCUAUUCAAAGACCUAUCUCCUUUCCUUAUUUUUAAUCAAGGUGGAAUACACGGUGGUGUGUGUAUUAGCCAUAGCGACAAUAGUAUUAAUUCC